UUUUUUUCCUUUCUUUUCCUAAUAUGUAUCUAUGUGUGUAUAUUAUAAAACUUAUUAAAAACACUUGCAUAAUUAAUUUCAAAUUGUGUUUUAAAUUCUUGAAUGUUCCAAUAUACACAAUUUCAUAUUCUUUUUAAAAUUGUUAUAUAUCGAUAAGAAAAGUUUUAAAUCAGUGUUUGAUUUUAAAAAUUAUAUUAAAGUUCAGAAAAUUGAAUUAAAAUGGAAGGAUCCGAGGUUUUGCACGUGGAAAUCUGUCAAAAUAUUGAUAGCACACUUUCUAUUGAAAAAAUAGAAAAUUUAAUAUAUGCUGAAAUAAAUACAUUAGAGGAUAUUAUGUUAAACACUAUUAUCUAUGCAAAGGAUUUAAAAAAUUGCAUUUUACAGACUCAUAUUGAUUCAAUAAUAUGCACAUCUAGUCAUGGAGAGAGAAAUCAUAUGAAAAUACAAAAUGCUACUCUAAAGUUUCAUGUAUAUAGGUUAACUACAGAAUCUGCAGCUACAGAAACAAUGGAAAAUGAUGGAGAAGAUCUUGCAGUUUCUUCUCAUUGGAUAUUACCAACAAAAGAAUUUCAUUAUUUGUGGGAGAGUCUUUAUUUUGAUUCUAGCAUAAAAGAUUAUCUGCUUCAUUUUGUAGAAACAGCAAUGAUAUUUGCAGAUCAUAAUGUUAAUACAAAUAUUAUAAGUUGGAAUAAAGUAGUAUUAUUACAUGGACCACCAGGCACAGGAAAAACUAGUUUAUGCAAAGCUCUUGCUCAAAAAAUUAUUAUUCGUUUAAACAAAAGAUUUACUCAUGCAGAAUUCAUUGAAAUAAAUAGUCAUAGUUUGUUUUCAAAAUGGUUUUCAGAGAGUGGUAAAUUAGUUAUGAAACUAUUCAAUGAAAUAAAAAAUCUUCUAGAAAAUUCGCAUGCAUUAAUUUGUAUUUUAAUUGAUGAAGUGGAAUCUCUAGCGCAUGCUCGGAAGUCUUGUAGUAAUGGAAUGGAACCUACUGAUUCUAUAAGAGUAGUAAAUGCUUUACUAACGCAACUGGAUCAAAUAAAACAAUAUCCAAAUGUUUUGAUUUUAACGACUAGUAAUUUAUCAGAAGCUAUUGAUUUAGCAUUUAUUGAUAGAGCAGAUAUAAAACAAUAUAUUGGACAUCCCACACAUCAAGCUAUAUAUAAAAUAUAUACUUCAUGUCUGAAAGAAUUAAUGAGGGUAAAAAAAUAUUCUUUUUUAUAUAAUAUGUAUUUUAUAAAAUAUGUUUAUGUUUGUUUAUUUCAGACAAAACUAAUGGAACCAGAAGAAAUAUAUGAUUUGUCAUAUUUAAAAAGAAUGGGCUAUGAAGAAACAUCUCAAACAAAAAAUAGUCUUAAAUUGAUGGAAUUAAGUCAGGAAAGUUUGGGUUUUAGUGGACGUAUUUUAAGAAAAAUACCAUUUUUAGCUCAUGCUUUUUAUUUAAGAACAAAAAAAUGUACUUUAACACGAUUUUUAAGAGCUAUGCAUUUGGCUCUUAAAAGAGAAAAAGAAGAUAACACUGAAGAUGUAUCUCAAGUAUUGCAACAUUUGGAAUUCUGAGGUAUUUGCUCCAAAAUUUUUAAAUUCAUUUUUUAUUGUAAUUGAAUUUAUUUCAAUGUAAGAUUCAGUAUUAUAUUUAUUUAAUCUUUUUCUAAUA